AUGAGGAACUUCACAGAGUUCUUGCUGAUGGGAUUCUCUGAUGACCCAGUGCUCCAGAAGGUGUACGCCAUGCUCUUCUCCCUGAUUUACCUGGCAGCCCUGACAGGAAACCUCCUCAUCAUGGUCCUCACCACCACCGACCAGCAUCUCCAAACUCCUUUGUACUUCUUCCUGAAGAACUUGUCCUUCAUCGAUAUCUGCUACAUCUCGGUCACACUUCCUAACUCCAUCAUGAACUCUCUGAUCAAUGCCUAUUCUAUCUCCUUCCUGGGCUGUGCCUUGCAGGUUUUCUUUCUGAUUGUCCUCGGUGGCACAGAGUAUGCGCUCCUUCUAGUGAUGUCCUAUGACCGCUAUGCUGCCAUCCGCCACCCGCUGCACUAUGAGGCUGUCAUGAACAGGGACACCUGUGUGCAGAUGGCAACGUACUCGUGGGUCAGCGGAGGCUUCAACGCAGUUCUGCACACAGCUGCCACCUUCUCUGUGCCCAUGUGUGGGCCUCUUGAGGUCCACCAGUUCUUCUGUGACAUCCCGCAGCUGCUCUCCCUUGCCUGUUUCUCUAACGUCAGGGAGUUGGUAGUCAUUGGGCUCAGCCUCCUGUUGGAUCUUGGCUGCUUUGUGUUCAUCGAUGUUUCUUACUUCCACAUCUUCUCCACCGUGCUGAAGAUGCCCUCCAGAGAAGGCCGCUCCAAAGCAUUCUCCACGUGCCUGCCUCACCUGGUGGUGGUGACUCUGUUUCUGUCUUCUGGGUUUUUUGCCUAUUUGCACCCCCUUCCCGAGUCUCCAACAUCCUUUGAUUUGCUUGUUUCUGUCUUCUACACAGUGGUGCCUCCCACUGUGAAUCCUCUCAUCUACAGCCUGAGGAACAAGGACAUGCAGAAGGCACUGAGAAGACUGCAGCUGAGUUGGUGUCGCCCUGCACGUUAG